CCGGCUUGUAGUUGUGUUUAUAUUUGUAAAUUUCAGUUUCGCCCUAUUCACCCCCCUCUAGGCGACUUUCACCAGUACCAGCAACAGGAGCAUCAUCGUUGCCGAUGCCGAGAAAGGCCCUUGCAUCCUGCUCCUCGUUAUGUGCCUCAAGUCGGUAUUCCUCCGCAUCAUCCUCAGCGGCCGGAUCCAGUUCCAUGGCGACCACGGCUCCUCAACAACUGCGCGGCACCGGAACAAGACCGAUACCUCCAUUCAAAGUUCAUACACAAUGAGAAUGACCUCAACAUACUAACAUCAAUCAACAGAUUUAUUAAGGAGCAAUCAACAGCAUACCUAACGCAAUCGGAGCACCGAGUCACCUUCUGGCUACUGGUCGCCAGCCGAGGAUGAGGAUGAGGAACACCAGAGGAUGAGGAUUGAGGAGCAGUGGAGCACCAGAGCAGGGAGUAUUAAGGAUUUAGGGUUAGGUAGGAAUGUAGGAUUAGGAAAACCAGAGCAGGGAGCACCGUAGUCGCGCAACCGAGGAGUGGAUCGAGCACGGGAAGCCAAGGAUCCAACACAGAGCGGAUCUGGGGAGUGGGGACUUACCGGCGCCUUACCGAAGAACAGUUCUGGGGAGCGGAUCUGGGGAGCGGAUCUGGGGAGUGGAUCGAGCACGAGAAGCCAAGGAUCCAACACAGAGCAGUUCUGGGAAGCACCGUAGAAGGCCAGAAGGGGAAGAAGACGGGUGAGCCGGUGACUUACCGGUGAGGCGGUGACUCGGUGAGGUGGUGGCCCACGUCGACGACUUACCACCGGUGAGCAGGGCGGUGGCCGAGUGGGGACUGGGGAGGAGUGGAGCACCGCCACCGCUGAGGUCCACCGCCGUCGUGCGAAGCGAAAGCGAAGGGGAUUAGGGUUAGGGGAACGGCGCCGCGUGGGGAGGAAGGAGUGACUGCGGUGGGUGCCUGGGGACUGGGGAGUGGGGAGCGAACGAGCGAUCGAGCGGAUAGGUAUGGCCGUAUGGGAUUGGGGCCGCGGCAUUUUUUUUAACGGGCCAGUGUCGUGCCGCCUGUUUCAACGGGCCGGGCCGUGCCAAGUACAUCGUGCCGAGGGAGCGGCCCAUACACGGCCCGGCCGUCGGGCCGGCCCGGCCCGGGCACGGUGGAGAUCGGGUCGGGUCGGGUUGGUACCGGGUCAAAAUCGUGUCGGGUUUUGGGCCAAACGGGCGGUCCGUACCGUUUGGACAUCUAUAUGGUUGAGGUCCGAUGCUCAUAGGGCACGUCACGUCAGCUGAGUUGAGAGCCAACCACAUACCGGACUCUCUCUGUGAAUAGCUCCUAUACAGUUUGGCUUUCGGAUGAAAGCUCUAUGUAUAGUUUUGGUAUUUGAGACAACUAGUAGACUAAUCUUUACUAUAUAAGUAUUCUGAAUGAGAUAUGUUACGGUUCACAUCCAAGGUUGAUCAAGAUUGACAACAAAUGACGAUUAAGUGUUCAACAUGAAAAAGAGGUAGAAGGAAAGCAAAAUGCAAAGACUCAAGAAAAAGGUAUUGCUAGGACAUUUUGUUUUUAACAAAAACAAGAUGCGAUAGUGUGUGAUUGUAUUAGGAAAAGUAGUCAUACUAUGCUAUAAAAAAAGAUCAAGAACUCAAUGUCUUGUUUUUACUCAAAGUCUUUACCAAACAAGAUGCUGUGUUUCCAUUAUCAAAUUCAGAAGUGCCACCAUUCCUACUAACAUUCCCUCCAUCCAUCAAAGCAUGCGCUAGUCUUAUGCUGCGUGUCAUUCCGAUUGCUAUGUGCUCUUCACCUCUGGCCACUAAUGCUUUUUAUAAUGUGUUGAUGGACCCUUAAUGCUUAAAACACUAACUUGCUUGCUCUCCUAUCCAUAUAAUGUGCAUGGUUUACUCUGUUUCAGACCACAAUAUCCUAUCUGGUGCACUUGUGGAUAUAUAUGCUAAAUAAUUCACUGUGCGAGUAAUCAGGACUGCACAUUGUAGGUUCACUGAACUGCAGCUGAGACCUUUUUCUAGAAGCACUAUGCCUUUACCAUGCUUUGGGUGUCCAGGGACCAAUGCAAAGAAAACAUGAUCGACCAGGGAGAUAGUCUUUCUGUGCUAAUUAUGUGUUUAUUAUCUCCCAUCUUUCAGCGGUAAUGGCCGUCCUUGUCAUUCUAGGAACUAUGCUGUUAUCUGCUCAUCUCUAAGAGCAGGCCGUAUGAUCAAACACAUUUUAGUAACUGUAUGUAUUUCUGCUCAAUAUCCAACGUACAUGCAUUCUUCUCUGCCAUCUGGUUUUCCAAUCAGCUUCUUCAAAUUUUCAGUUUGUGUCGUGUAUGAUCUAUGCAUCUAAUUAUCAUAGGAAAGAAACCGACUGAUACAUGCACAAAGAGAGGACAAAUUUCCAGCGCGCACACAGAAAAGUUUAAAUCCUCUGUUUUGAAAAGUGAAACUGGAGUGGUAUUAGUUUUGAGUACACCAUUUCUGUUCUUUUUUCAGGUCCUCACACUGUAUUGCCACUGUACACAGAAUUCCAAUCACUAGAUUAAAGAUCUGCUCUGCUCAUCAGCUCAUACAUGAGAGUUGACUCCUCCAGUGCUGAUUCUGAAGGCCAGAGCAGCCAUCCAAAAACGACACCUCAGGCGAUGUCCACAGUGACGACGGCUUCUAGUCCACCCACGUACGCUUAUAAAUGGCAGCGUCUCUUCGCUGAACGCUGCAACCAAGCACGGAUAGGAGUUUCAGGCAUUCCGGGCGUCACGCAUCUGAUCAGAAAUGCUAAGGGCGGUGGCGUUCGCCGUCUUCCUCCUCUCUCCGCCACUCGGCACCACGGCUGUUCGCAGAGCUACAACGCGAUCUACAGCUUCGGCGACUCCAUCGCCGACACCGGCAACCUCUGCACGGGCUCCGGCGGCUGCCCGUCGUGGCUCACCACCGGGCAGCCACCCUACGGCAACACCCACUUCGGCCACCCCACCGGCCGGUGCACCGACGGCCGGGUCAUCCUCGACUUUCUAGCUGAUCACUUUGGCCUGCCGCUUCUCCCGCCGUCUAAGGCGAUCGGCGCCGGGGACGUCAGGAAGGGCGCGAACAUGGCCAUCAUUGGCGCCACCACCAUGGACCUGGAGUUCUUCAAUAAGCACGGCCUCGGCAGCAGCAUCUGGAACAAUGGGCCCCUGGGCACCCAGAUCCAGUGGUUCCAGCAGCUCAUGCCCUCCAUCUGCGGCGCCGAUUGCCAGAGCUACUUCAACAGCUCCCUGUUCGUCGUGGGCGAGUUCGGGGGCAACGACUACAACGCGCCGCUCUUCGGCGGCAAGGCCAUGGCCGAGGUCAGGAGCUACGUGCCCGAGAUCGUGGACCGGAUCGCAAGCGGCGUGGAGACGCUGAUCGGGCUGGGCGCGGUGGACGUGGUGGUGCCCGGGGUGCUGCCGAUCGGGUGCUUCCCGCUGUACCUGACGCUGUACCCGGGCUCGAGCAAGGACGGCGACUACGACGAGGCCGGCUGCCUCAGGAGCUACAACAACCUCUCCAGCUACCACAACGAGCUGCUGAGGCAGGCGGUGUCCGGGCUGCAGAGCAAGCACGGCGGCGGCGUCCGGCUCAUGUACGCCGACUUCUACGCGCAGGUCGCGGACAUGGUCCGGUCGCCGGAGAGCUACGCAUGCAGGGCUGCAAUACGGGCUGAGAGUGUGCUGCGGCGCCGGCGGGCAGGGCUCCUACAACUACUACAACAAGGCGCGGUGCGGGAUGGCCGGGUCGAGCGCGUGCGGCGACCCGGAGAAGUACCUGGUGUGGGACGGCAUCCAUCUCACGGAAGCCGCCUACCGUUCCAUCGCGGAUGGGUGGCUCAAGGGGACCUACUGCAGCCCCGGCAUCCUGCGUCGUUGAGGACCUCGCCAUGCAUAUCAAUCACUCUAUCUAUCUAUACGACUAUAGUAAUAAUCAAAUAAUGUUAGGGCCGGAUGAGACUGUGGUGGCAAAGAAAAUUGACAGUUUCUCUAUACUUUGUGCGCGCUACGGAAGGGUCGUCAUUUCCGCUCUCCAAUACCUUUGGCUAGGGAGAAAUAUCUUAAAUAUAAUAUAGGAUUUAAAUGUUUAAUUUGAAGAUCUAACUGAAAAAAUAAUAGAUGGUGCAUAUGA